CAACAAUGAUGGCGGGGUGCAACUAUCGGCGAACGAAGGGCAGCGGGAGCUCCUGAGAGGCGGGAGCGCUUCCCUCCUCCGCCUCUGCGUGCGUCCCAACGGGGAGCAGAGCCCCGGGAGAAGGGGUGCGGAGGCAGCAGCCGCGGAGCACCCCCGCUCAGCAUGCUCCCUGCCUCCCUCGUGCGGGGCUGCGGGCGGCUGCGGGCCCCGCUGGGGCGGUGGCUGCUGGCGGGGCCGUCCGUCAGGUGGCGGCCGCAGCCCCGCGGCGGCGAGCGGGCUGUGAGUCCCGCUGGGUUCCGGCCGGGAGCCGCCAUCUCCACGCGGGCGGGGGGGCUGAGCGCCGGGAAACCCGGCGGGGACGGCAAGCAUGUGUCGGUGCGGACAGAUCAGAAAGAAGAAACGCUUCUGUCCACUGUUGAGAGAGUGAAAGAAGCUGGAAGAGACUUUACCUACUUGAUUGUGGUGCUUGUUGGAAUUGGUGUUACAGGUGGUUUGUUCUAUGUGAUUUUUAAAGAGCUAUUCUCUUCUUCCAGUCCAAGUAAGAUCUAUGGAGAUGCCUUAGAGAAAUGCAGAUCUCAUCCUGAGGUAAUUGGUGUUUUUGGUGAACCCAUUAAAGGUUAUGGAGAGGCAACACGAAGAGGAAGACGACAGUUUGUCAGUCACAUUGAAUAUGUAAAGGAUGGACUGAAACAUAUGCGUUUGAAGUUCUAUAUUGAAGGCUCUGAACCAGGAAAGCAGGGAACAGUCCAUGUGGAAGUCAAAGAGAAUCCCGAGAAAGGAAGAUUUGAUGUCCGUUACAUACUGGUGGAUGUUGAUUCCUAUCCUAGAAGAACCAUUGUCAUAGAAGACAACAGAUAGCCAAUGAUCAAAGUUGCUGCCUCAUCUUACUGAGUAUUUAAUGAUACUGGUGUAGCCAGUCUACACAUGAAUUGUUUUGUGUUCUCAAUUAUAUCUUUGGGGCUUUCUAUCUAUGCAGCUUGGGGUUUUGUUACGGGAAGUAACCUCUCAGGGCCUCCAUUAAAGUUCAUAACAACAGAUCCAGCAUUUGAGGAGAAACCAAUGAAAAACAGUACAGCCAUUUCUUAGGGAAAUGUCUCUUAGUAAACUGUAUAAUGCUGUUUAAUACACCCAAUAACUGAGGGCUAAGUGGGGAGUUUCUUGUCUUCCUUCGCUUGGAUUUUCUACUAGCUCUACAAUAAAGAAAGUGAUAUUUUAAGUGUA